UUUAUUGGAUUUGUGCAUUUUUGUUGUGAUAUCGUGAUUUGGUUAUGUCGAGAAGGGCGGUGAUGAGAAUCAUUUGAAAGUCAUGCACCACGCUGAUCUUAAUCGUGUGAUGAAAGAUUCUUUACCCAUAAAUUUUCUGAGCCCCAUUGUUUUCUUGUUGCAGAUUUGUUUCCGGAUUUCCUUAAUUAUUUGUUGAUUUUUUAUUUUAUUUUAUUUUAUUUGUUAAUUGAUCUUGGUGAGAGGAGCCAAGUGAUGUGAAUUUUCUUUUAGAAGAAAGUUCAAACCAUGAUGCGGACCGUACAAUAGCUUAAUGCUUAUGGGGAUACACUUUGGUCUCUGAUGGUUACUCUUUUCAAGAUUAUUUGCGCAUUGGUUUUUAAUGCAUUGGAUUGUCAAAACAAGAAACUGGAUUUUAGAUAAAAUGGCGAGGAGACUGUGCUUUGAUAUAUUGCUUCAAUUUUGUGUGGAGGAAUUGGAAGAAGAGUGAUUGCGGAAAAUUUUGUAGUAGAAUCUUGAUUAAUUUAUCUAAUUUCACUUUGAUGGGAUUUAACACCUAAUUGACACUUUCAAUAAAUAUGGAGGUGGAGAUGAUCGAUCAUUUUCUAUAAAAUUGGUAUGCAAAAGAUAUUUUUUAUUUGGUCCCACCGGUGAUGGGACUCUAUAUAAAUGUUAAUUGAUUAUGUUAAAUAAAAUACUGAAACUUUGUUGAAUAUUUCGAUCAAAGUGUGGCAUCUACUGGAAGAAAUGGCUGCUGGAAUAUGUAUAUUAUACUGUUGCCGUGUUUGAUCAUCCCAAGUAUUUGUUGCUCAUAUUUAUUCUGAGCAGCCACAUGCUUUUCUCUAUUGAUGACUGCUGGAUAUUAUUAAUUUAGUGAAAUGAUAUUGAUGCUUGUUUGCUAGUUAAUUUAUUGAGUUUCUGAUCCAAGGACAAGUCAUUCAUUGAAUCUGUGGCUGAAGAAUCUUUUACUAUGUCAAAAUAUUACACAAAUUUGGAUUCUUCUAUGGUGGUUGUAUGAAAAUUUGUUCGUUAAUUGGACAGUUUUUGCAAUUUAACAGUAGGGGCAGAUGAUCUGAUCUCUAUAUAAAGAAUCUGCAGAGGAAUACCUAUUUGUCAUUAAACAGAAAAGUAGUUUGGGCAAAGAAAUGGCAACUUCUGGUGUAGAUGGAGACAAGUAUAGAUCUUACUUGAGUGCAGAAGAGCUUAAAACUACAAAAUGGAAUAAUGGCCCUCCUAAUUAUGAUGUUGUUAACAAGCUGUUUGAAGAAGGCAGAACCAAUAUAUGGCCGGCUGGAUCGCUCGAAGAGAAGGUGCAGAACCUUGUCAAGACAUGGGAGAUGGAGAUCGUCCACAAGGCUGAUCCAAAUGAGCACAAAACAGUUGAUUCAAAAAAAUUGGUUAUUGGCAUCAAUGGCAAAAAGUUCUUCACCUUGGAGGACAUAAGAAACAUCGGCGGAAGCUACAACCUAUUCCUCCAAACUUCCUUACCGGCGCCUUUGAGGCUAUACAACCCUGAUGAAGAAUCCUACACCUCAUCCCAAACUGCAUUCACCAAGAUUUUUCCCCGCGGAUUUGCCGUCGAAAUUCUACAGGUUUUUUCAGGACCUCCCGUGAUUGCAUACAAGUAUAGGCAUUGGGGCUACAUGGAGGGGCCUUUCAAAGGACAUCCACCUACAGGGGAGUUGGUCGAAAUGUUCGGCACCGCCAUUUUUGAGUUGGAUGGGAAUUCUAAGAUUGUGAAAAUUGAGUUCUUCCACGACCGUGGAGAAUUGCUCGCUGGACUCGUCAAGGGAGGGGCAUCGACUGAAACUUCCGUGCCGGGCUGCCCUUUCAUGGCUUGAACUUCAAUGCCGGGACCAGUUCUUGGGUUUUUUUUUUUUUUUUCCCUCUAUUAAUUUGAAUAGUCAGCAUCAUGAUAAUGAUAUCUAUUUGUAUCUUUUGGUUUGGAA